CAUUGAAUAUUCAAACAUCCAUAAAUUUGUCCGCCAUCUUUAAAUAACCGGAUAUUGAAAAUCUGAAUUAUCAACAACAAUGAAAAUAGAAUACUUUCAAGAAAAUAGAGAGAAGAGAAACGUCAAACGUCAAAUAUGUCAAAUGUAUAAUAUAAUAUUAUCAUUGGGCAGCUGUCAGUGUAAAACCAAAGAUAAAUAAAUACUCUAACUGAUAACAAAUAAAUAUUUGCAACAACAAUUAUAAAUAAAUAACACAGCUACCAAUACUUAAAACGUACUGUAGUGUUUUCGUAAUGUCAAUAAUAAUAAAUUAACCUUAAAAAUAUACAAGUAAUGACACUACACUAUAAACAAGCAGCUGUUGUUGUUACAAAGUAACAAAGAAUAAUUUAAAUAUCAUGCGGAAUUGAUUUCAAAAUUUUUAUUUUUAAUAUCUAAUUAAUCUUCAUCACUGUAUAGUAUAAAUUCUGACCUUUGGAGUGUAUCAUUUUAAAUCAACCGCAUAAAAUUUAUUCAUUAGUCAUUAUGCUGAAAGUGAUAAGCAGUUUAAAAUUUUAUAAAUAGAAAUCUAGUAGUACAGUUAUUUUAUUUUAUGAUUUUAAAAUUUUUAAAUUAAUGUAAAUUAUUUAUUUUACUUUAAAAUAAUUUUAAUGUCACUCGCUGAUGAAUUAACGAGGCCUUUAGAGCCUGAAAAUCAUAAUGAAGAACGAGAUCCACCAAUUUGGAGAAUAUUACAUGAGUUAGCGACUUCAAAUCGUGAUUAUUUCGCUAAACAACUCGAUGAAAAUGGUCUAAGAAUCCACGCAGCUCACAAUGUCAUCCUAGAUAACUAUCAAGAAUUACGUGAGUUGUAUAAAGAAAUAUCAGAGAUUGCACCAGAAUUUGAUUUUGAUGAAAUUACUCCUGGUAAUGGAUACCGAAGUUUUCUUAAACUUGUCGAUCAAUGUCUGCUACAUACUGGUAGUAUAUGCAGGCAUAUUCAUUCCUACAAAGACUCUGUGCUUUUUAGAAAGUCAAAUUAUAUGAGAGAGAUUGAAGCUUGCUCACAACUAGUUGUGUCAAUAACGACAUUUUUGCAUCAUUUAAAAACGCUUUAUAGUUGGAGUGAACUAGCAAGUGAUGGUAAAUUGUCAUUGUUUCCAUCAGACGAACAUAGUCCUCAAGAAUUAUUAAACCAAGCUGGAAAUAUUGAUCAGUAUUGUUUUUAUGGAAGAUGUUUAGCUUUUCAAUUUGUAGAUAGUGUUAAGUACGUGUUAAAAGGAUUAGUGUCGUCCAUGGCAACAUUUAGUGAAAUUUAUUAUACCAAUGGAUCAUUACUUAAUAGAUGUACUCAAUCAGUUAAAUAUUUUAUUGAUCCAGAAGCACGUGCUCGUCGUAUUGUUAAUAUUUCACAACGAGCUGAAGUUGAUUUUUGUAAAUCAUUUUGGAUGCUUAAUGAAGCUGAUAUAGUUCAAUUUGUGCCAUCAAUGUUAAUGCCUUCUUUGCCAAUAAAUCAAGUGAUAUCAAUCCCUCCUGACGAAUUAACAUUGACAACAACCGAUGGUAUUAAUGUAAAAAUACCCAUUCCAAAUAGUCAUAUAGGAAAGAAACCGAUCCAUGUGAGAUUACUGAGUUCUAAACGUAGAAUAGGAAUGGUUGGAUCUGCUCGAGCAAGUGGAGAACUAUAUGGACCAUCAGAUGUACUUGUAUUUCAUUGUCACGGUGGUGGUUUUGUAGCACAGACUUCAAAAUCCCACGAGCUUUAUUUGCGUAACUGGGCGAUAGAACUUGAUGUGCCGUUGCUGAGUGUUGACUACAGUUUAGCACCUGAAGCACCUUAUCCACGAGCUAUUGAAGAAGUUGUUUACUCUUAUGCAUGGGCAUUGAAACACGCGAACUCAUUGCUAGGAAGUACUGCUAAAAAAAUAAUAUUUGUUGGUGACUCUGCAGGCGCAAAUUUAAAUCUUGCUUUAACAACAAAAUGUUUUGAAAUGAAUAUUCGUAAACCAGAUGGUAUUUUUAUGGCUUAUGUACCAGUACUUGUAGAAUUUGUUCCAUCACCUUCAAGGAUGCUUGGAUUAACUGAUCCAUUGUUACCAUUUGGAUUUAUGAUGCGUUGUUUGAAGGCUUAUACGCUCGGCGAUACUCAAAUUUCCCCAAAAGACAAAGAUGUUGACGUUGAAUCAACAACAUCUGACACUGAAUCAUUCGCUGAAGUAAGUGAGAGUGAUCUUAUUGCACUGGCACUGAGUCCCAAUGGCGAUGAAACUAAUGAAAAUAAAUUAGCAUCAUUACCAUCAGACUCCACACUAAAUUCAGUUAGUUUAGUUGACGUUGACGCUACCCAGUUGCCUCAGCCCACUUCAACAAGUGAAACAUCUCAAGAUUAUAUUAAAAAAUUUUUUGACUUUUAUAAAAAUGCCGCUGCACGUCUUUCUCCAUCAUUAGCUAAUGGGGUUAACCAUGACUAUGAUAAUUAUUCUGACAGCAAUACGUCAGUUGGUUUUUUUGGUUUAACUUUUGGUAAAAGUAUUAAAAAGUUACGUGAAUUAGAUGAUGAAGAUGCCAAGAGUCCGAGCGAAGAAUUUGUUUUUACUGUACCACGUGAUCCUUUGCUAAGUCCUUAUCGUAUAUCUGAUGAUAUACUAAGAAAAUUACCACCGAUCAAAAUAUUGACGACAGACUUGGAUCCUUGUCUUGAUGAUUGUGUUAUGUUUGGACGUAAAUUAAAACAACUUGGUAAUAAUAUAACAUUAGAUAUUGUGAAAGGAUUACCACAUGGAUUUUUAAGUUUAUCUGGAAUGUCUAAAGAAGCUCAGGAAGGCUCUAAUAUAUGUAUUAAAAAAAUUAAACAACUAAUGAAUAUGUAAUAAUGACUAAAGCUUUAUUAAUUAGAAAGCUGUAUGACUCAAGUAUUUUAAUGGAAUUUGUAAAUGUGUAAAGUCAAAACGUU